CAUUUUUCUCGUUGACUACUAAUAAACUCACAGUCACGACACAAAACCAUGAAGUCAGAUAGCCUCUGGAGUCGAUCAACAGUCGUCAAAACCAGAAAAACCGAGUUUCCGGUUAUCAGAUUCCUCCGUGGAUACCUCGAGAAAAUCAAGGAUAAAACCGGCGGUCCAGGAGUUGGCGGAGGUUUAGGCUGCGGCGCUGGACUCGGCAUCGGUCUAACUGGCGGGCUCGGGUUAGACGCUUCAGAAGGAUUGAACCAUAGCAAUGUGGUAUUUGGAAUCGGAAUAGGUUGCGGUAUCGGGUUGGGAUUCGGGUACGGAUUUGGAGUUGGUGGCGGAGUCAAUUUCGAUGACAUUGGAGAUUAUUUGACCUAUGAGAAGAGCUCUGGGUCAAAGUCAAAGUCCAAGUCCGGGUCGGGUAAAGGAUUCUUUUCAAUUGAUUAUUGAGAAAUCUUUGUUAAUCAUCCAUUUUUUCAGUCAAAUACUCGUACUUGUUAUCUUAUUUAUUUUGGUUUAACCAUGUCUUUCGGUUUAUGUAUCUCACUUCCGGUUUAUGUAUCUCACUUCCGGUUUA